ACAAGUAGGUUAGAAAAAAUGGCGACCAAGGCCUCAAAGGCGGUCCGAGGAACGUAACUUUGUCUGCCAAGUCUGCAAAAGAAGUAAAAGAUCUGGCCCUUCUGCAAGAUUAAAGUUGUAGUGCAACAUCUUUAGAACUAUUUUAUAGAUGACAUGAACCACUUGUGACUAGUAUAAACCUAAGCUACUAGCAGCCAAGGAAGUUGUAUUGAAUUUCAGAACAAGAUUGUGUGCUUGAAGGCUUGCUGAGUGUGGAAUCAAGCUACAUACAUUGCCUAGUGUGCAGAAAACCUUUGGAAAGAAGUGUAGAAGUGAAAUGAGCAAGAAUUUUGUCGUAAAGCCUCGAAUCCGUAGAUCAAUAAUUGUCUAAAUAUGUAUCCACAGUAUGGUGAACACCGAUUUCCCCCUGGACAAGAGUACAGUGCCGGCCAAGCUAGAAUACCGGUUGAUCAUGCACGUUAUCCUUAUCAUGGGUUUUAUGGUCCUAAAGGCGCGGAUGGCAGUCCGUACGGAGGAAUGGUGUCGCAACGAGGUAUGGUGGGGCAACCGUAUGCCAAGCACCCUGGGAUAGCCACUCCAGACGCAAUGUAUGGACAGGGAUGGAGCACGAAUGCCAUCAACUACAUGAAUGCUCAGUCCAAGUCUGCAGGUGGUCCGUAUCCAAUGCAGCCGGACAUGUAUCCUGGUAUGAGACCGUCCACCUAUCCUGAUAUCCCCCCUAAUGCGAUAAGUAUGGGGGGUGCGUACUCAGGUGGCGCUAAUUACCAGGGGCCGCCCAAUCCGUAUAUGGGGGCUGGACGCUUCCCUCCCUAUCAGCAAAUAGCUCCUCCCCCUGUUGGGAUGAUGCAGCAAGCACACGCUCCAGCAAGUCCAGGGGUCACCAGUGAAGGAGAGCAGAGUGGCUUCAGUGGUGGGAGUGUGCCCCCCUAUCCUGGUGCUCUGUCACGAUCCACUACGUCACUAACCCCUGGUAGAACUUGGAGCAACCAGGACUUGACGCAAGGUGGCAGCUGGCAGCAGGGCAGCUACCCUCCAGGUGGACCCUCCACCCCGGGCCAACCACCCAUACCCACCAAUAACUCUUCCCUCACACAAUCCCAUGCCUCUGGUCAACAGCAAAUGCAGAGUCCGGGCCAACAAGGCUUCACGCAAACGAACCAACAAUCUUUUGGACCUAUGUCACCGCAGACGCCGUAUAGCAAUCAAAGUCAGCAGCAAUUAACGAAACAGUCGUCAAUUUCGAGUAUUAGAGACGCAUUGCUCUCCGGGACAAAUCAGUCAAUACAAGGGGAACAGAAUUCUCCCCUGGCUCCAGCUGUAAAACCCACUCCCGAUGGACAACUUAUGUCUCCACGCUCUGUUACCAGGCAACUAUCAACUACCGAGUCGAUAUCGAGUCAAGAUCGAUUCAGCCAGCAACCUGGUCGUCAAUUGGAGAACAACAAUAUGGUGUCUGAUAGUAAAGAAUUGAAUUCGCUCACAUCCAUCCCAGUAGCCGGGAGCCAGGAGGCUGGAGAUAGGCCGGAUAGCUUGGGCCUGGCUGCUGCAUCUCCGUCGGUACCAGUAGGACACUUGUCGCCCUCUCUGAGUGUUAGCAAAAUGGGAUCAGAGUCCAAGACCCCCAUCCUCUCUCCAAUCACUAGGAAUCACUCGUCCGUGCUCAACCAGUACAGCUUCUCUGAUGACCAGCAGAGGAAGGGGUUCCUCGACGCACUCUUUGCCUACCUGGAGAAAGAAGGUAUCACAGUGUCACGUCCACCCAUGAUUUGCAAGAUGCCCCUUGACCUCUACCGUGUAUACACCAGUGUCCAACAACAUGGGGGAUUUCUGAAUGUGCUUGAGAAGAGACUGUGGCGAGACGUCAUCAAAUCCUCCGUAUCAUCUCCUUCCAACAUCAACUCGAGCUCAACGCGUACCCUCCAGCAGUACUACACGAAGUUCCUGCUGCCCUACGAAUGCCACAACACCAACACGGACCUGACCGUCUGUCUGACCAAACUCGAGGCCUCUCUAUCGAGACACACUAGUAUCAGCUCACCGGGUAGCCAGCUUUCGAAUGAUGACGAGAUCCGUGAUAGAAUUGGGAAUCAUACGGACAGCUCUGAUAAUGAGCUGGUGAUUGACUUACAGCAAGUGAAUGGUGGGGAUGGUCAUCUCUCUGAUAAGGAACUGGUUAGCGAACGAUUAGGCGGGAGAGUAAAAUCGAAUGAUUCGAAUGACGUACCUGCAAGUAACGGGCAAGAGGCUACAGUUGGAACAGAUGGUGGUGGCUCCAACUCUGGUGGGGAGAAGGAUGGUGUAGAAGUGCCAGAAAACUCUGAGAAUUCGAUGGACAGUUUCCCACAAGAGAUGAUGGAACCUCUACCAGAGAUGAGUAUUCAAGAUGCCGAAUCAGUGCUGGGCAUGUCACCAUCCCCCUAUCCCGCCCAACAACCCCCUAGCGGUGGACCGGCCACACCAUCGACCAAUCAAAGUGUCCCCUCCCCCUCGCCGUUUACGUCCCAGUUUCCACGACAACGGUCGUUUGUGGAGAUGAGUGGUGACGUUAACUCCCCGAUGGCCCCUCCUCCCUCUUAUCCACCCUCUUACUCUAGCGAACCAACCAACUCUCCGUACCAGAUAUCGUCUCGUCCUUCGUUUCCUCCCGGCUACUCACCACACCCACAAUACGAGGGGGGUGACAUGCAUGGCAGUGGAAUGAGCCAACAUCCGUAUAACAACAUGCCCAAUUCGUAUCAGGGAUCAGGAGGACCCUACCCACCGGGUAUGACUGCUCAGAGAACGAUGGAGUUCCCACCCGGUGUAUAUGGCCCUGAGCACAUGAUGUCACAGCCUCCAGGCAUGGGAAUGCACCCAGAUAUGCCCCCCUAUCCAGGUUCCCCUCACGGGAUGCACCCUGACUGGGCAUGGCAGCAGGCUCGCUCUAGAAUGCUCUCCCCCCUCCCCACACAUCUACAGCCGUCAGCGCUACACCAACGCUACAUUCAACAGAGACAGCAGGCCAUCAUGCAACACAAUGCCCAAGCUCGAGCUAAUGCAUAUUCUCAAGCACGCUCAGCGUCAGACGCACAAAAGAUGCAGUGGCAGGAGCAGAACCGAAUCUCUCGAGCAAAUAUACCAACACAUGAGGAUAAAAUGAAAGCUUUGAAGGUAUCACAGAAACCGGAGGCUGUCCCACACAGUAAGAGCAGCGUGGCUCUGAAGGAGCAUAGUGAAAAUAUUAAGAGGAGGUUGCCUGAUUGGAGUGGCUGUAUUGAGGGGACCAGUCCUCACCUCAUGAAGAGAAGGGUGCUCUUCUCCGGAGACUGUGGUCACGUUGAGCCAUGGCGUGUGAUGAUGUCACUCAAGUCUGGACUCCUGGCUGAAUCAACGUGGGCCCUCGACACCCUCAACAUACUACUGCACGAUGAUCGAACCGUUGGCUUCUUCUAUCUCAAACACCACCACAGCCUACUAAACACGUUGGUGGACCAUUUCAAGAUGACCCUGGCUGAAAUCUUUGCUAUGACCUUUGAUGACACCCCUAUGUAUCAGCCAGGGUAUGAAGGGAACGACUCCAUCUCUGAUUCAACAGAUGACACGAAAGACCUGUUUUCUGAAGCAAUGGUGACUGAUUUUGAUGUCGCUCUGAAUAUUACAUCCUCAACGAAUAAAGAUGAAGAUGAGGAGACAUCAAUUGUGCCCGUUUCAAACGUGUUUGACCCCGAAGAGAUGCAUUUAGGAAGAUCUGAUGAUUUGGGACACGUCCAAGUCCCAUCGGUAGACACGCAGCUCUUCUUCCCCGAACCUGAUGUUGACCUCUCGAUAAUGCCGCAAAGUAAACGAAAACAGUUGGAGGACUGCUCUAAAUUGCACAGAGUCGAUCAAACCCCGGUGAAUAUGCUAUUGAAGCGAGAGCUGAUUAUGUCACAGAUACCACUGCAUAGGAACGGGAGACCACUGCGAAGUCCAAGGGGUCGAGAACGAAGCUUUAUGGAAGAAAUGAGACGACGUGAAAGCAUUGGGCGAGCUGAUGUAGAGGGAAGCAGCACAUCAACGAAAGAUACCACCACUAGUGGAGACUUGAGAAAAGAGCCGGCUGUCGUCAACCAUUCUGUGAGAUCAAGAUUAGACAGUGUGUUUACUUCCCAGGGUAGAUCACAUGGGCUAUCACCACCCACGCUCGUUGAAGAGUAUGAGAUACAUCACAAAGAGCCAACUCCAUUGUGGACUGUGUCACCUUCUAGAGAAAAGCUCCAAUCACGAUGUCUGUGUAUCUCCAACAUUCUGCGGAGCCUCUCCUUUAUCCCUGGGAAUGACCACGAGUUCUCUCAACAUGCUGGUAUUCUACUAAUUCUCGGCCGAUUGCUACUACUGCAUCACGAUCACUUGAUACACUCGAAACGAAAAGCACCACCACUUCGACCAAGUUCUUUGCCUGAAGAGAAAAAGAGUUCUCUAGGAGAAAAGCUCACUUUGAAGCACGAAGAGAAGUUUUUCCCGCCCUGCGAAGACUACUGGUGGUGGACAUGCUUAGACGGGCUACGAGAAGACACGCUUGUUAUUCUCUCAAAUGUCUCUGGUCAACUCGAUCUCUCCAUUUUCCCUGAGCUCAUCUGCUACCCAAUCAUUGAUGGCCUGUUACACUGGUCGGUGUGCCCCUCCUCGUUAGCGACUGACCCUUUACCAGACACGGCUGUCGUUACUUCCCUAUCUCCGCAGCGACUUGUCUUGGAAACCCUCUCGAAGAUGUCCAUCUCUGAAGUCAAUGUUGAUCUGAUCUUAGCCACCCCUCCAUUGACAAGACUAGAUUUGUUGUUCACUCGUCUCGGGCAGUUUAUCGGCGAUAAGAGACAUCCGGUGGUAAGGCAAUUUGCGCUCGUUCUUCUCUCGAAUUUGGCACAAGGGAACGACGCUUCGAGUCGAUUGAUAGGCCAGCAGAAAAUGAUUGGGAUUUUGUUGCUGCAAUGUUUGGAGUUUGCUGAACACAGUGCGUGUAGUAGUGGCGGGAAACUGGUGGGUGGUUACAAUCCUGAAGACCCCAAUAGCCUCUCCGUUGCUAUGCUUAGACGAGCAGCCACGACUCUGCAUUGUCUCUCGAAGAUCCCAGCCAAUCGAACUAUUUUAUUAUGUCAUCGAGAUCGCAUUCUUUAUCUGUGUGCCUCGCAGUACAUUGAGCAUUCCGUCUCCAGCAUUCUAAUGGAUGUGUUGUUCGAGCUGGGUAAAUUAUAGCGCCGUGUGUGCUCUCAACUGUGAUUCUUGAUCUUCUGAAUAACAUUUGUUCUAUUCUAGUUUUAUUGUUUUGUGAUUGUCGUCUAUGGCUCAUUACUGAGAUAAUUCUCUUCACCAUUUUGUAUGAGCCAUGUAAUUGUGUACCUUUACCUAAAUCUUUUGUUGUUGAGCUGUUUUGAUACACAAAUGUAAUUGUACCUACUCUCUUUUCUUUUUUUGAUCACUCAAUGUUAUUCUGAAUCACAUUUACUAACUGCAUGUAUAAUCAUUUCAGAAUUAUCAAUAUAAUUUCCAUAAACUUUGAGAAA